AUGGCUCUCACUGACCAAGAGGCGAGCAUAAUCGCACUAUUCGUGGAAAGUGCAUGCUGGGGUAUUUUCCUUGUCACAUUUGGGCUAUGUCUUCGCGCUCUGCUCUGGACCAAUACCGGCUUCAAGCCAUUUUCCCAAAUUGAUCGACCGAUGGUGGCCAUCUGCAUUGCAAUGCCGAUCUUCGCUACGGUAAAUCUGGCCCUCAAUAUUCUUCGUGCCGUAGAAUCCGUCCGUGCAUCUGGGAUAAGUGACCAAUUCACGAAUCUUGGAAGUGCGACGGAGACCGUCAAAUUCAUCUGUGUAAACGUUCAGACACUCAUUGCUGAUGCCAUGCUGACAUAUCGCGUCUGGGUCAUAUAUAGUAAAUCGUGGGCCGCAGCCAUUGUCCCUGCUUUUUUGUGGCUGGGAGUCUUGGUCGCGGCAAUUUUAAACAUCAUUGUCCUGCAUUCAAUUCACUCCGAGGCCCUCACCGCUGCAAAGAGCCUCCGACCUAUCGUAACAUCGUUUUGGUCCAUCAGUAUUGCCCUGAAUAUUAUUGCCACGAUGCUUAUCGUGAUUCGCAUUUACAGGGUCGACCGUUCAAACGCUGAAUUUUCGAUUGUUAGUCGUUCAACGGCUCGUUCGAGACGUUAUAGCAGACUACAGCAAAUCAUGAGAAUUAUCAUCGAAUCCGGGGCGCUUUACACAAGCGUAGCUAUCACAACGUGUGCAACCUAUGUCUCAGGAAGCCAAGGUGUCUACGUGACCAGUGCAAUUGAAAUGCAAACGGUUGGAAUCGCCUUCAAUCUAAUCAUCAUCAGAGUUAGUCAGGCCGGACGCAAUGCGUACACGACCAAGACCUCCACCCAAUCACAUUCUAUUCCUUUACACUUCACCAGGCGUCCUCCGAAGGACUCGGAAGCCAUCGAAGUUUCAGUUGAUCAUCAGGUCGAAGAUGAUUCAGAUCCACCCAAGCUUGAAUCAACCGUGACUUCCUCACAAAGUCAUAGUAUUGGUGCCAUUUCUGGUUUUGAGGUUGAAUGA